GUGUGUGAUGUGCAUGUGUAUAUAUGUACAUACAUAAACAAGUGUGCUUACGAAUGUGUAAGUGGUCGAGUAGUGUAGAGUAGAAGUAGAGAUUGCAAAACAACAACGUCACUCUACACGUGUUAUUGAUUUAAAUAUAUUUAUGUAGAACUCUCACUUGAGAAAUUAUCACACCAAAUGGCCCAUGAUGUGACAACAACAGACACAACGAUCAUUGCUUCUCUUCCAUUUCUGAAAAAGAAGAACUGGCGGAAGAAAGAUGUUUUUUUAACUCACUGCAACUAAUAUCAUUACCACGGUUGAUUUUAAAGAAUCUUAUCUCAACCCGCCCAUCCCAUGAUUCCAUACUAUACUGUAUUAUUUAAACUUUCCAGAAACAUCUUUCAAACCAAUUGCCAAUGUUUAGCGUCUUCCACUGUAAGACAAUUGCUUUUGUUGUUAUUACUGUGAGACAUCCAAAAAAACUAUCAAUGCAUAACCAACAAGUUCUGCGUUUUUGUCCCUUAAACAUAUUCACCACAACUCCAAUAUGAAAUGACUAGAAACAAUGACAGAUCAGCAGUUUUGUUUUGUGUAUCCCAUUCAUGUUUCAUUUGAUUUCUUUCUACAUCGAAGACUUUUCUUUUUGAUAAAGAAAACAAAAUUCUUUUAAUUUUAACCUGCCUGAGAAUCUGAUGAAGUUAAUCCAUCAAUAAGAAGAAACGAACAAAAUAGCAUAACCAUUUCAUCCAAACCAUUGAAAACUGAAACCUAUACUUUUAAACGAGACUGAUAUCAUUUCAAGAAGUCUUAAGACAUUUGUCUUUAAAGAUUGAAUUUUGUAGAUCUGCUAGAAUCAAAUAUAUCAGAAAUAUAAUCAAACAUGUUUGCUAAGAAAACUAUCUCAGUCACUAUGCAGUCUGAUAUUUUAUAAACUUUACAAAUAUAAUAUAUUUUUAUCAUCUGAAAACUUCACAAAUUUCAUAAAACUCUCAAAAAAAUUUGUAUAGAAUGAAUUUUUAAAUAUUUCUUCAUCAUCAAUAUUGACAUUGUACUUAAAAUCCUGAGUGAUUUAUGUUCUACAACAGUAUCUCAGAUCCUCAGCCAUUCUGACAUUCUUCAAUACUUCAAAUUUUCACCCAAAAUAUGAUAUUUUUUAUCAUUUCAGCAGUAUCUCUGUACUGCUAAUAUUUUACCAUAUUACUAACUACCUCAACAUUUGAAAUUUCAAGCCACUUCAUCUGUCACUACCUCAGUAUCUUAAUCUCUAUUUCAUUAGAUUUACUGUCAUUUGGUACAGAGAUUCUCAACCAUUUCACUAGAUAUAGUCUAAAUCCUCAAGCGUUAUGCCUGACUAUAAAGAUCAAGAUAUGAGCAAGUCUCUUAAUGGCAAAGAUGAUUUGUUUCCACCAAGUCGAUUCGAUGAAUUGAUGGUGGCAUUUACAGAACUUGAUGAUGAACAAAGUGGAUACUGUGAUAUGGACACAAUGAUGUACAUUUUAAGGAAUUUCAGAAGUGGUCUGAAAGAGUGGGAACUUCCUGUUGUCCGUUCUCUCCUCAAGGCUUAUGUUGAUGAUCAGGAUAGAGUUGUAUAUCUGGAUAUAUGUCCAUUGCUUACACAACUCUUGAACAAAAGACUUUGGGAAGGGGGCAGUUAUCUUGCCACUCCUGAACGUAAUAAGAAACCUGAGAAUGAGAAAAAAGAUGCAAAGGAAUCAUCACAAACUAAAGAGACAGUUCCAUCGAAGAAAAAUGCUAUUUUGUAAAAUGUAAUUUUAAAUAAAUUCACUAACUUACUACUAAUGUA